CCUCCCAGCCCCCCCGGGGAAGCCGAGGGCCCUCCGGCUGCUCGCCCAGCCUCUGCCCGGAGGCGCCGGAACCCCGAUCCCGAUGCGGACGGUGCCAAGGGGGGCUCCGGCCGGGGACGCAAUGCGGCGGAUGCGGGGACCGCUCUUGCGCAUCCUGCCUGGCGGGGAUCGUCCGAAAUGAGAAGAUGCCCCUUUGCCUUCACUGUGAGGAAGAAGACUCUGUUGCUGCCGUGGGGGAAGAAGCAUUGUUACCGGUAGAAAAGGUUUUGAGCGAUGCGGCCACGGAUAAGCAGAUAUCGGAACUCGUGGUACCGUGUGGGAUCUUGGGGUGCAACUGGAUGGGCGCCAUGAAGAUCCGGGAGGACCACCGGCGCACAUGUGAACAAGCCCUGAAUCCAUGUCACUUUGGCUGCGGGCAACUCGUGAUGCGCAAAAUGUUGGCCGAUCAUCUGCGGAACGGCUGCACAAAGGCCAACCUGCGAUCCAGUUGUCAUCAGACAGAUGCCUGCAGUGACCACCAGAAUCUUGCUGUCGUAUCCUUUAAAGAGGAUGGAUGUCGGUUUUCAAGGAUCGGCUGCUCUUUCCAGGGGGAGGCAAAAGACAGAGAAAUCCACGAGACAGAUGCUCUUGGGGUACACAUGAGGUUGCUGCUCCAGCACGUGAAAAAGCUGAAAGCGUGCCUGCACCCCGCAGGCGAUGAUGUGAAGGAGAGCUUCACCGAGGGUGACGUUUCAACAAGGAUCGCUUUCAACCCCAUGCCCCGGGGGUUUGUGGAAGGAGAGUUCCUCUCCGGGUUGCCUCUGUACGAGGAGGGGAUGCCGUGGCGAAACCUCUCGAGGAGGACCGAAGGAGUCUCGUUGCUGGAAACCAAGCUCCACGUCUUUGAAAACAUCGUCUCGGUGCUGAGCAAGGAGAUGGCCGCCUCUCGCCAGAGGUUUGUGGCGUUCCGAGGGCAGAGGGGCCUCGACCAGGACAUGAUCCGCGGCUUGGAGUUGAAGAUAGCUGAUUUGCAGCGUUGCCUCGUUCAGAAGGACGCGGCCCUGGGGAAGCUAGAGCAGAGACUCCACGCGUCCGGAGAGGCUUCCUAUAACGGGGUCUUUCUAUGGAAGGUCACUGAUGUCCACCGUAAGAGCUACGAAGCCGUAUGCGGGAAGAUCAACAGCUUCCACUCCCCACCUUUCUACACUUCGAGAUACGGCUAUAAGCUGUGCAUGAGGAUUUACCUGAACGGAGAAGGAAGCAGUAAAGGAUCCUACCUCUCGGUCUUCCUCGUCCUUCUGAAAGGGGACUACGACGCGCUGCUCCCCUGGCCAUUUGCUCACAAGAUGACCUUGACUUUGCUUGACCAAAACGAUGGGGAGCAUUUUACCAACACGAUUCACCCCGAUCCGGCGUCGGCGUCCUUUCAGAGGCCCGUGGGGGAGAUGAACGAGGCCAGUGGCUUCUCCAGGUUCAUCCCGUUGACCAAGCUGCAGUCCCCAAAAUAUGCGUAUAUAAAAGAAGGCACACUUUUCCUUCGGUGUGUUGCACACGCCAGUUCGUGAACCCUGCGGUCGGCGAAUUUCCAAGAAGCCGCUGGUGAUGAAUUGAAGAUUGCAUCGGAAAAACUGCUCGUGAGGUGUGAUCGUAGAACCAAGACUUGGGUCAACAGAUCUGGAUUUUUUUGCUUCAGAGAGACGAUCUUCAGCGCUAUCCAACAUGCUCCCUUGUUUUCCAUCUGCUUUCCGCACAAAAAGCCCAGCGAGAAAAAUCAGUUUCUCUAGUGUUUACUCAUGGCCGCAAAUGAUUCCUGCUGUAAUCUGCUUUAGCAGUUUUCUAAUAAGAAGGGCAAGCUUGGUGGCCGGUGACUCCGAUUCCACGAGAGCUGUGAAUCCGCUCCAGUUUUUAGUUUGUGCUUUACAGAAGCUAACUGAGGUGCUGGAUUCGUGUUAAGGAGACAGUUUGUGCUGGGUAGUCCUGACAAAAACACAGACUAAAAACCGGAGUGGGUUUCUGGCACCCCCUGGCCCUGGAGUCACUGAAUGACAAUCAAGGUCUAUUAGCCCGACAAAAGACUAAGAGGGGUCAAAAGCUGCUAGAACGCCUUUGUUGUGAUGGAGGGAUGCGCGGCUCCCUGCAUUUUGGGGAUGUGGCUAAGGAGACGACUAGCAGGGGGGGAGCCUGUCCCUUCAAAAUGUACAGUGACAAAACUUACUCGCUUUAUGAGCGAGAGGGCUGAUCUGCAUUUUGAGCAGGGCUGAUUAGCAAAGUUGCUUAUGACUCAUUUUAGCUGCCCAGCCAAGAUUCGAAAGCGUAUUUUGCGGGUGGCUGAUCAGUUUCAGAUUCUCUGCAUGCCCUGUGUCUUUCUGGCCUCCAACCUCCGUCGCUGUGUCACUCUCAUCCGGCGCGUGUGGGUGUAUUGUGCUGUUGCUUGUGAUACUCUGCUUUAGGUGUAUAGAAGGGUGUGAUGUGCUGCAACGGCUUAUAUGGCAAGUCAACAAAAAUGCCCCCCCCCAUUUUUUUCACCAUUUUAUUUUAAAACAAAAACUGAGGAUGGACUUGAUCUGGAUGGAAUAAACGCCAGCCUGUCGAAACAGACCUGUUAAGACACAGAGAAGUCCAUGGAUAGCAGCGGCGAUACUCUUCCCGUUAAAUAAAUCAAAUAUAAAUCAUCA